AACUGUUUAGAAUCUGCUACUACUCUUCUCUCAGAGAAAAGCUUGCUUGCUAUGAUGGCUAUUCUUGGCUGUCAACUUAACUACAUCUGGAACUAAGUAAAACCUAAAAGUGGAGGACACACCUGUGAGAGAUUCUUUCUUAAUUCAAAGUACGAAGAUUCACUUUUAAUCCACAUUCUUGAGGUCGUUUUCAUGGACAAUCUAAUUGAAAAGCAGACAAGCUUCCCCUUCAGCCUUGUUUCUCACCAACACAGCUGACUUCCCUUGUCAUCUGAGGAUAUGGCCAGAUGAAGAAAUAAGACACAUCUAUUUCCUAAGAAUGCUAAUUUUCCCAGCUAGGGGCAGAACAGGAGCCAGAAAAUUCCAAAUGCAAGUUGAUUCUACCAUAUAAAAUUCUGGAGCAAAACUGAAGAGUGGAAAGGGUGAGCAUGAGUGUGCCCCAAUGGUCGUGACGGAGCCCUGUACAGAGACACAUAUCAGUACAAACAUGGUGGAAAAUCUGGUGAAUCGACUGGUGUCAUCUCUGCAGGAUGGGGACCUCUUCUUUGCCCCUGCUUUCCUGAACGCAUACCGACAGUUCACCACCACACAGUAUGCGCUGGAUCUGCUGUUGAAGAGGUUUGCCUACUUCUACCUGGAUUGUGAAGAGGAUAAACACAUAAAGAGCACUCUCUGUUGCUUCCUGGACACAUGGAUAGACCAAUACCCUGAGGAGUUUAGUCAGACCAUUCUGAAAAAGUUGAAGACCUACUUGACUGUGAACAUGCCCUCCUCCGAUCUGAAUGUCCGUGUCCAUAUGCUCCUCAAGGAGUUGCGGCAAGAGUCCAAUGAGUCAGAGGGAAAAGGUGAAGACUCAGUUUCACUGCCCGUUACCCUUCUCUACAAGACUGAAUCGGCUGCAGAUUUGUCUUCAUCUGUAGAAGUGAGGAGCUACACCUCUGGAGAUUUAGAGAUGGAAGCGUGGUUUCCAUCAGGGAACGUGCAGCCAGAACCAGCUUAUCUGCAAGAGACAGAGACCCCAGAAUCCACCAUAAAGGUCAUCUCUUGGGACUAGAUGGGACAGCAGCAGCCCAGCCAGCAUACGGGCUAGCAGCUGUGGAACCUGUGUCUCACCGUGUCAGCCGACACAAUGUCCUUCUUGCAUCUUCUCCCCUUCUCGACCUUGUCCUAUCUCCUUAGAGAAUGACCCUGUCAUUAUCACCUGAGGGGUCUCUUAUAUCUGCUCUGCAGACAGCACCUGUCUGACGUACUGGCAGAACCAUUCCCUGAUUUCAAUAUAGCAACUUCCCUUGCCCCACAGCCAGCCCUCACCUCCCCCUGAGAAAUGGCCUUUUUACUUCUGUGGUUCUUUUUAUGUUGUUUUUCUUUUAAGUAUUUGUUUUAAUAAAUUGUUAGUACUC